UCUCCUCCAAAUCAAAUCCAUGCAGCAGCCAAGCCGAGGCUGCGCGCGACAUCGUCGUGCCGCGCGCCACGUGCUCCGCGCUCUCGCACCGAUGCGAAAAGAGUUCUUUUUUUCUCGCUCCACCCCUUCCCCAAUCUGCGCUGCUUCUUCUUCUUCUUCGAUUCCUCUUCUUCGCUUCGCGCCUGGGCCUCCCUCGGGUGCCGUGGCAGCGGGGUGCAAUUAACGCCAGCGCGCGGCUCCACCCGAUCUUGCCGCGAUCCGUUGCAAUCCCGGAUUCCAUUUUCCAGAAUUUCCCAUUCCAUGUGCGUGGAUCUCGGGACGCGGGCUAGGGUUUAUGGCUUUGGUCAAUCCAUGGCGUGCGGUGCCGAAGUCGCACUGUCGCUUCUUAUUUAAUGCGCGCUGAUCCCCAUGGACGCCGAGUCCCGGGACGCGUAUGGAUUCGCGGUGCGGCCGCAGCAUCUGCAGCGUUUCCGCGAGUACGCCAAGAUUUAUAUGGAUGAGGAGGAGGAGAGGGCGCACAGGUGGAGGGACUUCUUGGACAGGUUGGCUGAGUCCGCGGAUGUGCCCAGCACACCCAGCAUUUUGCGGUCCGAAGAUGGUGCUGCUGCCAGAGAUGGUGAUGCAGGAGCUGGAAAGACAAAAAAGAACAAAGGCAGUGGGACACAUUGUGUUGAAGAAGAAAAUGAGGAGGAGGAAGCUGAGAAUGAAGAAGAUAACAACAAAUUAGAAGACAUGAAGGAAGCUGAUGCCACCGAUGAAUCACGAGAAGCAAAUGGUGAGUCGGAAGAUCUUAAAGAUGUAACUGACAACUUGGACAUGCUGAAAGAGAAGACUAGUAGUAACUCUGAAGAAUCAAUCGAAGUCUCAGAGGAAUUGAAAGAAGUGAAUGGGGACUCUGAAGAAUUAAAAGAUUUGAGUGGAGGCUCCGAAGAAUUGGGAGAAGUGAAUCACGACAACUUAGAAAAGUUGGAAGAACUUUCCUUGGAUAAGGGGUUGUUGGAUGAACUAAAGCCCAUAAAAGUUGAGUCUUGUAGGCGGGUGCGGGCAUCGCUUAGCAUCAUUGAGAAAAUGAUGAGCUAUCGGGUGGCGAAGAGAGAUAAUGGUGCAAAUGACAUUCAUGGAAAGGGUGCAACACAGCUUGCUUCUAUUGAAGAGGAAGGACGGACUGCAGAAGCGAGUCAUGAAGGGGAUCCAGGUGAGGAGUCUUAUGUUGCGGAUAAGGCGGAGCAUGGACAAGAGGCACCUGGUGAUUCUACAAGUACUCAAUUGGAGGGAAGCAAUGGUGGGUCUUAUUUUCCUUGGAGAGAGGAGCUUGAGAGCUUGGUUCGUGGAGGUGUGCCAACAGUUCUUAGAGGAGAGAUAUGGCAAGCAUUUGUGGGUGCUGGUACUCGGAAAAUUACUGGGUACUACAACAAACUGCUUGAUGAAGGGACUGUAAAAUCGGAUGAAAAGGACCUUGAGGGCCCUGUGCUGAACGAACAGACUAGUGCACCGAGAAAGCUUCCAAAGCCUGAGAAGUGGAAAGGACAGAUAGAGAAGGAUUUGCCACGGACAUUUCCAGGACACCCUGCAUUAGAUGAGGAUGGGAGAAGUGCUCUGAGGCGGUUAUUAACAGCAUAUGCAAGGCAUAAUCCAUCAGUUGGGUACUGCCAGGCCAUGAACUUUUUUGCUGGUUUAUUUUUGUUGUUCAUGCCUGAAGAAAAUGCAUUUUGGGCUCUGGUAGGAGUUAUUGAUGAUUACUUUGAUGGUUACUACACUGAAGAAAUGAUUGAAUCUCAGGUUGACCAGCUCGUUCUUGACGAGGUUGUACGAGAAAGAUUCCCUAAAUUGGCCAAACAUAUGGAUUUCUUGGGAGUUCAGGUGGCAUGGGUGACCGGACCAUGGUUUCUUUCAAUUUUCAUCAAUAUGCUUCCAUGGGAAAGUGUGCUUCGUGUUUGGGAUGUCACCCUUUUUGAAGGAAAUCGUACAAUGUUGUUCCGAACGACGUUUGCUUUGCUGGAUUUAUAUGGGCCUGCACUGGUAACCACAAAAGAUGCUGGAGAUGCAAUUACAUUACUGCAGUCUCUUGCUGGCUCUACUUUUGACAGCAGCCAGCUUGUAUUGACAGCUAGUAUGGGCUUUCAAUCAGUCAGAGAAAUGGUAUUGCAAGAGUUAAGGAAAAAGCACAGGCCUGAAAUCAUAACUGCAAUGGAGGAAAGAUCAAAAGAUCGUAGUUCCUGGAAAGAUAAGAAGGGCUUAGCAACCAAACUAUAUAGCUUUAAACAUGACCCUUCAUCUGUGUGCCGACAAGUUAAUUCCAAGGAAGGGGCAGAUGGUUUGCAAGUGAAUGGGGAGACCGGAUCAGCAAAUCUUGACACCUACCUUAGUACUAGUUCUGUACUAGAGAAUGAUUUGGAAGAGGGUGUUGAUCUUCAAGAUCAGAUAACAUGGCUGAAGGUUGAACUGUGCAAGCUGCUCGAGGAGAAAAGAUCUGCUGACCUCAGAGGCGAAGAGCUGGAAACGGCUUUAAUGGAGAUGGUCAAGCAGGACAAUAGAAGAAUGUUGAGUGCUAAGGUUGAGAAAUUGGAGGCAGAGGUAUCUGAACUGCGAAAAGCUUUUGCUGACAAGCAAGAGCAAGAGCAAGCAAUGCUUCAGAUCUUGUUAAGAAUGGAGCAAGAACAGAAAGUGACAGAAGAUGCCCGCAUAGCCGCUGAGCGAGAUGCUGCUGAACAAAAAUAUGCUGCUCACGUGCUCCAGGAGAACUAUAAAGCAGCAAUGGCAGCACUUUCACAAAUGGAGAAGAGAGCUAUAAUGGCAGAAACAAUGCUGGAGGCUACAAAGCAGUACCAGGCUGGGCAGGUUAAAGCCAACCAAUCUUUCACUUCAAGUUCACCACGUGCAGACAAUGUCCUUGGGAAGACGAAUCAAGAGCCAAAUCAAGAUGCACCUAGCAGGAGAAUAGGCCUGCUUUCUAGGGGACUUGGAUGGCUAGACAAGAGCAAGCAGGUUAGGCAGAAUUCAACUGAAACAGCUGAAGGCUAAACUCGUCAAGAACCUGGGAGAAAAUUGUAGCUCCUAUCAAGAUCUCAAUUGUUCAUUAAUGGCUGGAUUGUCUGAUCUCCAGAACAAUGAGUUCAAACCAUCAUGGAUGCUUCCUCCGUGGUAAGAUUCAACUGGCAUUUUCCAUGAAGUUUGCAGGAAGUGUACUUGUAUCAUAUUGAGUUCAGUUGUCAGAUAAAGCUCUCUUGGUAGGUCUGAAAACUUGUUGUAAGGCAUCUGUGUAAAUUUUUCUUCUUCUAUUAGUUUCAUUAAGAUUGUCCAUAGUGUUCCAAGUAGGAGAGAACAGAACACAACUUCCCAUACACAUGAAGAAAAAAAAAAAAUCCUUGUUAGAUUAGCUUACGACAGCAUUGAGUUGUACUGGAGAAGGGCAUGCUUUAUUUCUCUUCGGAAAGAGUUGUCAAAACCACUGUAAAGAAAUGAUCUUUCAGUGUAUUCUUGUUCUAUUGCUACGGGUGGCUUGCAACAUGUUCUUGACAUAUCGUAUGUACAAAGAUCAUUGUAUCAUAUGGUGAGGUAUUCUGGAAAGCUGAUUGUCGUCA